CGGCUACAGUAAACCACAGGGAGCUACAUCAGGGAAGAACUGCAGAGAUGGAAAUGGGCAGGUGGAGGAAGUCUCAGAUCAGAGGUCAGGAAGCUCAGCUUGGAAGAAUUCAGGAGUCAGUGCGAAAGACUUCCAGGAACGCAGAGAAGAGGAUUUCCACAGAGCUUGUGCUCCUGCUCAACUGUGAGCAGGUUUAUAAACUCUUACAUUCUAGAAGAACGAGGAGAGGAAAAGGAAUGGACAGGGACGAUGAACCUACACUCGAGAAGGGCAAGGCAGUCAGUCCACAGUGGCCUGAGAAGAGCAGACUCCUAUCAGCAUCAGUUGAAAUGCUGUCAUUCAGGGAUGUGGCCAUUGAUUUCUCUGCAGGAGAGUUGGAAUGCCUGGAGCCUGCUCAGUGGGAUCUGUACAGGGAUGUGAUGCUGGAGAAUUUCAGCCACCUUGUGUUCCUGGGCUUUUCUUUCUCUAAGCCGUUAUUGGUCAGAUUUCUGGAGAAGAACCAGGAGCUUCGGAAUGUGAAGAGGAAAGCAGCAACUGUGCCCCGAGGAAAAAAACCCUAUAAAUGUAAAGAAUGUGGCAAAGCCUUUGCUAAGAGCUCGGUCCUUACUCAACACCUGAGAAUUCACACGGGAGAGAAACCCUACACGUGUGACAUAUGCGACAAGGCCUUUUCUCUGCCCUCCAUACUUCAUAACCACCAGAAAAUUCACACUGGAGAAAAGCCUUACAAAUGUGAAGUAUGUGGCAAGGCCUUUCUUAUGCCCUCCACACUUACUAACCACCAGAAAAUUCACACUGGGGAGAAGCCUUACAAAUGUGAAGUAUGUGGCAAGGCCUUUCUUAUGCCCUCCACACUUACUAACCACCAGAAAAUUCACACUGGGGAGAAGCCCUACGAGUGUGAAGUAUGUGGCAAAAAGUUUUCCAGUCCUGCAGACUUUACAAAACACCAAAGAGUUCAUACCGGAGAGAAACCAUACAAGUGCGAAGAGUGUAAAAAACCCUUCAGCAAUCUUUCAGCCCUCAGUAGACACAAAGUAGUUCACACUGGAGAGAAACGCUACACCUGUGAGAAAUGUGGCAAAGCCUACAGCAGGAGUUAUCACCUCAGUCGACACAAGAAAGCUCAUAGUGGACAGAAAUCCUACAAGUGCAAAGAAUGUGGCAAAAUGUUUUACUAUUCUUCAGACCUUAAAAGACACCAGAGAAUUCAUUCUGAGGAGAGGCCCUAUGAAUGUGAAGAAUGUGGCAAAGCCUUUCCUAGUCCUUCAGACGUUACUCAGCAUGCGAGAACCCAUAAGAGAAUGAAGCAGUACACCUGUGAUGAGUGUGGAGAGUGCUUUACUAUUCAGACAACAUUUUCCAACCUCCGUAAAAUUCGUCUUGAGGGAAAACCGUCUGAAUGUGAGAGAUGUCGAAAGGACUUUUAAAGGUUCUUCAUAACUUACAACACAUAAAAGUCUUCAGACAGCUUGCCUGCACGUGGGGAGGACGUGGCAGAUGCUUUAUGUAUCAAUCAGCUCUUGCUCAACCACAAACAAUUCACACCUGAGAGAACCCCUACACACGUGCAGAAAAAGACCAGGGCAUAUCAAUCCCUCAUGUCUCUAUAAGCAUCGGGGAAUCCAUUCUGAUGAAGGAGCCUUCAGAAACAAUCAGCGUGACAAGACCUUUACCCGUUCUUCACACCUCAAGCAUCCCAGAGACUUCAUAGCUGCAGAGACACUCUCCAUGUACAAACGCUGUGCCUAAGCCUUGAAUGAUAAUUGAAGUCUUCAUCAACGCCAAAGAAAUGACCAAGGUGAGAACCCCUGCAGGUGCAGAUGUCCUUGUUAGCUGUAGACAUCCACAUCACGCAGCCCAGCAUUUCCUGAGGGACUCUCAACUAGGUAUUUGACUCAGUCAGAUUAGCCUGUAGGCAUAUUUUUCUGGAGCAUUUUCUUGAUUGCUAAGUGAUGUGCAUUAGUCUGUUCAAGGGUAGGGAGUGCCAUUCAAUGGCAAGUGUCCUUGGGUUAUACAGAAAUCUGGGUGAAGGAGAAUAUUCAAGUAUGGAGCAAACAGGCAUAUUUCCUCUAUGACUGUAGGCCAUAUCUACUUCCCAACUUUCCUAGUUAAUGCGUUUUUCAUCUUGUGGUGACCCUCAACCAUAAAGUUAUUUUCAAUGCUACUGCAAAACUGUAAUUUUGAUGUUGUUAUGAAUCGUAAGUGUCUUGUAUACAGAUGAUCUUAGGUGACCACUGUGAAAGGUCAUUUGACUGCCAAAGGGGUGACAACCUAUAAGUUGAGAAAAGCUGCUCCAUGGUUUCUGCUUCAGUUCCUGCUCUGGCUCCCAUGGCUGAUGGAACUUUUAAGCUUUAAGCUGAAACAAGCCUGUCUUCCUCUAAGUUGUUUGGGGUCAUGACAUUUACCAUGGGAAGAGAAAGCAAAGUGUGAAGGGUUUACAGACUCUAUACACGAGAUAGUGUCACACAGCCUUUAGAUUUGUUCAACCUUCACUGGACACCAGAGCACUCACAAUGAAAACAAACCCUAUGAAUGUGAAGAAUAUGACAAGGAUUUUUCUAAAAUUGUGCUUGAUUAAACACCACAUACCUCAUAUUAGAAAGGAACUCUGUGUCAGCAAAGAUAUUGGAAAAUCUGCAGCAUUUUAAUCUAUAUGUAAGAGAAACCCUGCUGUCUUCAUUCUUCACACAUCACACAUUUCUUAUAUAUACACACAUAACACACACACACACACACACACACACACAACAUACCUCCUCUGAAAAGGCCAUACCUCUAGUCUUUCUUAAGUAGUGCACCAACUGAGAACCAAAGAUUCAUGAGUCUCUGAGGUCUGUUCUUGUUUAGACCACCACAGUGGUUGAGAGUAACCAUCCACCCUGAGCCAGGCUAAACUUUCUCCUUCAGGUUGCUCUUGCAUUUUAUUACAUGAACUGCAGAAGUUACUAAUAAAAUCAAUAAAUGGUAUUUGAUACAUA